AGCGCCGAGCGGGGCCGCCGGGGGUUGCGCGUGUCCGGCCGCGGCGCCCGGAGAGGCCAUGCCGAAUAAAAACAAGAAGGAGAAAGAACCUGCAAAAUCGGGCAAAAGUGGAAAAAGUGGCAAAGAUGGACAAGAAAACCAAGAACAUGAAGUGUCAAACAAAAAAUCAAACAGCGCUCCUCCCCCAGCACAGCUAUCUAAAAUCAAAGUACCAGCACCCCAGACAGUACUGAAAAAGGAAAAACGCCAGAGUUCAUCAAGGUUUAAUGUCAGCAAUAACAGGGAGCUUCAAAAACUGCCAGCUUUAAAAGGAAUACGCUGCCUUGCCCGGCGGAGCCUAGAUGUUGACAUGUAACAGAGCCGGCAGCAGGAUGGUGGUUGACGCAGCCAAUUCCAACGGGCCCUUCCAGCCCGUGGCCCUUUUGCACAUCAGAGAUGUUCCUCCUGCUGAUCAAGAAAAGCUUUUUAUCCAGAAGUUACGACAAUGUUGUGUACUUUUUGACUUUGUUUCUGAUCCACUAAGUGACCUAAAGUGGAAGGAAGUAAAACGAGCAGCUUUAAGUGAAAUGGUAGAAUAUAUCACACACAAUCGCAAUGUGAUUACAGAACCUAUUUACCCUGAAGUAGUACAUAUGUUUGCAGUUAAUAUGUUUCGAACGUUACCACCAUCUUCCAAUCCAACUGGAGCAGAAUUUGAUCCAGAGGAAGAUGAACCAACUUUAGAAGCUGCAUGGCCUCACCUGCAGCUUGUUUAUGAAUUUUUCUUAAGGUUUUUAGAAUCUCCAGAUUUCCAACCUAAUAUAGCUAAGAAAUAUAUCGAUCAGAAGUUUGUAUUACAGCUUUUAGAGCUCUUUGACAGUGAAGAUCCCCGGGAAAGAGAUUUUCUUAAAACAACUCUUCACAGAAUAUAUGGGAAAUUCUUAGGCCUGAGAGCUUACAUCCGAAAACAAAUUAAUAAUAUAUUUUAUAGGUUUAUUUAUGAAACAGAGCAUCACAACGGCAUAGCAGAAUUACUGGAAAUACUGGGAAGCAUAAUUAAUGGAUUUGCCUUACCAUUAAAAGAAGAGCACAAAAUAUUCUUAUUGAAGGUUUUGUUACCACUGCACAAAGUGAAAUCACUCAGUGUUUACCAUCCACAGCUGGCGUACUGUGUAGUUCAGUUUUUAGAAAAGGACAGCACGCUUACAGAACCAGUUGUAAUGGCACUGCUGAAAUACUGGCCAAAGACUCACAGUCCAAAAGAAGUCAUGUUUUUAAAUGAACUAGAAGAAAUUUUAGAUGUUAUUGAACCAUCUGAAUUUGUAAAAGUUAUGGAGCCUCUUUUCAGACAGCUAGCCAAAUGUGUGUCCAGUCCACACUUUCAGGUUGCAGAGCGUGCAUUAUACUACUGGAAUAAUGAGUACAUAAUGAGUUUAAUUAGUGAUAAUGCAGCAAAGAUUUUACCCAUCAUGUUUCCAUCCUUAUACCGGAAUUCAAAGACACAUUGGAACAAGACAAUACAUGGCUUGAUAUACAAUGCUCUGAAACUCUUCAUGGAGAUGAACCAAAAACUGUUCGAUGACUGCACACAGCAAUUUAAAGCAGAAAAACUGAAAGAGAAGCUAAAAUUGAAGGAACGGGAAGAAGCAUGGGUUAAAAUAGAAAAUCUAGCCAAAUCAAAUCCCCAGUACCCAACGUAUAGUGACACGAGCUUGCUGAACAGUCCAGUUGCAAUGGAAACAGAUGGGCCUUUAAUUGAAGAUUUGCAGAUGCUGAAGAAGACAGUGAAAGAAGAGGCUUGUCAGGCACAGAAAGAUCAGAAAAAAGAUCGUCCUCUCGUGCGACGCAAGUCAGAACUGCCUCAGGAUAUCUAUACCAUGAAAGCCUUGGAAUCACAUUGCAGAGCUGAUGAAUUAAUAUCACAUGAUGGGCAUUAAGCUAUUACAGUGAAAUAUUAUUUUGGAGGAACAGUUUUUUUUUUUUUCUGGACUCAGUUCUACAGUAGAACUUAAUUUUUUGUGCCAUACCUAUCGGUUACACACAAAGUCAAAGUUUUCUUCAACCCAGUUCUGUAGGCAAUAACUUAAAAGAGUAUGCAGCUCAAGAUUAGUAGUUCAAACAAUGGUAAAUUACCCAGUUCCAUAUGCAGAAUAUUGGGUUGACUAUAAUCAAGUGGACACAAUUUCCUGGAGGUGUUAUCGUAGUACCAGCUAGCUGAUAACGUGCAGUUUUUAUAAUCACAUUUGAGAAGAGCAUUCUAUAAACUAAUUCCAUCUAAAUAAAUGAAUGACCAAUAGUUGGUACUAAUGAUAAAUGUGCGUUUUCAAAAGUAAAAUUAUAUCAAAUUUGAGUAUUAAACCUUUUGUAGGAUUUCUCAACUUUAUAGUUGUUUCCACAUUGCUAUCUUGUAAUAUACCAGCAGUUUUGAAAGUACGUAAUUAUUCUUUCGUACUAUAAAACAUGGCUUACAAACUGGUAACUGUCGUGACAAUCCUCAAUCAUGAUUCCUUUCUAAGGGUUCUGUAAAUUCAUUUCUCCUUUACUUAGGAUAAAUAUAUAUAUAUAUAAAUAUAUAUAUAUUCCACGUCCUAAUACUUUAUGUAUAUUUAAAGCCAUAUUUUCCAGUCUUCAGUAUAUUAUAUGGCACCAGUAUUCCAGAAAUGAACUGGUAGAAUAAUUUUUCCUAAAAAAAAAAUAAAGUGUUUACUAUGACUGGGAAUAGAUUGAAUAUAAAAUUGCAUUUUAACUUUUUUUCAAGUCAAUAAAAUAUUCUUUCACUGUUUUCUCCCUUAUCUGAGCUUUUAAUACUCAGCAUUUUUCUUGGGCUCUAAGAGCUCAGUAUUCCAUGGCAGAUAUUUUGUGUCAUUUCAGCUGCAUCAGUUUUUAUCUGAAAGAUGAGCAUAGCCUUUCAGGAAACAAAACUACACAAGCUUAAGAUAAAGUAAAAGGAGAAAAAGAGCAGACUGUUGAAUUCCAUUCUGCUUCCUUUCUUUUUUUUUUUUUUUUUGACUCUAAGAGCUGAGAAGAUAGUGACCAUAACUUUAUUGUGAAAAUAUUUUUGUUGUUGUAAAGAGCACACGUGCUGCAAAUACACCUCACAAGUGAACUGAAAACGCAUCUGAAUCGCUGAUGAUCUUCAAAUGCUGCUAUAUAUUCCACAAGAUUACUUGCAUGUAUUGAGCUUUUUGUUGUAGAUGGAAAAGCACGGGAGGAAAAUCUUUUUUAAAAUAUAGUUCUUUGUCUUCAAUAUUUGAUUUCUCUCAGGGUGGCCAGUAUUUUGACUUACUUAUCCUGCUUACAAGCUGUUUGAAAUGUGUUCUGCUAUUCUAAAUGGGUGAUUAGUUUCCUUUGUCUCUGGCAGUAACAUGAUAUAACUUAAUGUUUAAUGUCUUGAUGCAUAAAGAGAUAAAAACGUGGCUUCUUUAAAAAUAGUUUUCUUUUAUUUUUUAAGGAAGUAUAAUGUCUCCUGCAUCCAUAAAAGUAUUGCACAAAGCAGACAUUCGUAGUAAGCUUUUGCAGAUGCCGUGCCUGCUGUUUGUUGGUUGCAUUUAACAUACAAUUUCCAAUAUUUGUUAUGUUGUCUAUUGGAAGAAAAUUGUCAGCAGUAGAUAUUGGCUUACAAGAACUAAAUUUAAAGACCAACCCAACCUUUAAGUGGAACGUCCACUGCGUCUGAAACAUUUCCUGUAAAACUUGAAAAAGAAUAUGCUUUACCAUUAGGAUAAACUCUAUUAGAACAGUUUAAAGAUGCCUUCUCCUUUUGAGGGAAAAAGGGUGCUUUUUUAAUUGUGUAAAGCAGUGUCUAUGUAUUUUGAUAUACCAUUGUUUGAACUUCCAUCUUUAGCUGGUAGAUUAUCAGUUACCUUUUGGUUUUGGGUGUUCAGUAUGUUUGUGCAAGAGGUUGCUGAGAGGAAUUAUGUUACCCAAGAAGGGGAAGAAAAAAAUGUAUAUCAAUGUUUGAUUGACCGUGUGAUGCUCAAUGUAUAAGAACAUUUUUCACUGUCUAGAUUUAAUUUCUGUUCUUUAUUGAAGAUAAACAUUCACCAAAAAGAAAUAGAAAUAUGCUAUUUCUAGAGACUUAAAUUUCAUAAAUUCAUAUUUUAUGUUUGGGGCCACUUGUCAUUUUAUUAGGCAGUAUUCCAGAAUCUGUCACCACUAAUUGUUUAGCACAUUUAUUAUCAAUAAUUAUAUAUUUAUAAUCCUUCACUAAAUCAUUCUAAAAUUAAGAAGAAAAAAAAACAAACAGGAAGAAAAAUUAAAGUGGAGUUUUGGUGACUGUUGUUCUUCAUAAAGUUCUGUGUUUGACUCCUUUCCCUGUUCUCCAAAAUUACACCUGUACAUCAGGAAUGUCAAAAGUAAUAUUACAAGUGUCUUUUUAGUGUGGCUUCAGUAUGGCUUCAUUUUAAUAUUGUACAUACAUUGUACCUUGUUUUAUGGUAAUAAGUAAUAAAAAUGUAGACUUCAUAUUUUGUACAGAAUCGUCCUAUGUACAGAAUAAAAAGUUCCUAGAAACAGCAAAAAUAGGUAAGUGGCACAAUUAUUUUUCAUUAGACAAUAUCUGUAACAUUAUGCAGUAGUGGAAUGUUAAGUUCAAAUGUACCGACAUCUUUUUUUUUAACAUUUUGUAAUUCAGUUUUUUGUUCUGGCAUUGUUUCUGAAGAACUUCAUACACCUGCCAUUUAAUUUUGCUUUUAUCUGAUUUUAAAACAAACAAAAAAAAAAUGAAUGGUGUGUUAUAUGGACAAAUAAAGAACAUGUGAAUUUUACUCGCUCAUCAUGAAAAUAUAUUUAGUACAGGGCCUUUUUUUGGAGGGGGGGGAUCCAGAUUAUCAUAGUUUGAAGAAUGAGCUGUGGGAAUUGAAGAAUUUUGUAAGUUUGACCAAAAAAAAAAUGGGAUGCCUCCUAAUGUUGGUAAUAUUAACAAAAUAAUGGGGAGUAAUGGUUAUUCUGUAGAAAAAAAGCAAACAACUUUUAAGAACAGUUAUCAGUACUGAAAAGAACUUGAUAAAUCUCCAGUCUACAAAUACAGAAGAUAUUCUGUUCCGUGUUUUCCCUUGUAACUUUUAUGUUGACAGGCUUCAAGUGAAGUAGCCAAAAAAUUAAGGAUUGUAGUGUGGUAGAUAAGUGGCAAGGUGGCAGGAAUACAAGUUCUGACUUUGAAACAAAUAGAUGGUUUUUGGUUUAUGUAUUAUAUAUAUUUUAUUCCCAACCAGCCAAACAGAAGACCCUAACAAACUAUAUGUAUGUCGGUUUGGUUGAUUGGUUUGGGGUCUCCCUGUAUUGAGGCUUCUUUGAAAUGAUGAGACUUGGCUUCUGCUGUCUUUACCUUAUGAAGUAAAACUUUGAUGUAGUUAAAUACUAUAUAUGAAAAAAAUUCCUAAGGGGGAAUUUACUGUACAGCUGUGGAAGAUAAUAAUACAUCAUUCCUUUCUUGCAUAAUUGAAGAACAGCAUGAUUGAAGCUUCCUUUCUCUGAACCCAUUCAUCUUGGGACUGCAUUCACUCCUGUACAAGCGGAGGGCUGCACAGACAAAAUGUGAAGCUACGUAAGCAUCCAGCCUAAGGGUUUCGAGGGGAGAGCUUCCAAUGUUUUGAUACAAGGGAAGAGAGAGUGUUCAUGUAUUUUGCUUCAAGCUAUAUUAGGCAUUCUUGUGAUCCAGAGGACCGCACUAAGAGGAGUCACCCUAGUGUGAAGGUCUCGCUGUACUAAUGAGUAUGCUUUUAUGGAGUAUGCUGGCUGUGGAAUUACAGAUGGCAGAAACAA